CUGACAGCAUCCAUCAAACGGGCAGCUGCCCUUUCAAGCCGCCAUUCCCUAUCUCUUUAUAGACGAUAUGGAAGCACAGCGACCCAGCCUACGAUCCCGCUCAUAAUCAAUGGUCAGCAGGUGCAUGGUUCUGAAUCUUCCCCUGUCAUCAGCCCUUUGACUGGUAAAGAAGUAUGGUCUUUCUCUUGUGCCAGCAAGCAUCAGGUGCAGGAAGCUGUGCAAAAUGCCCACGACACCUUCAACGACUGGUCCCGAACCAAAGUUUCAUAUCGCCGCGAUAUUUUUCUCAAAGCAGCUGAGAUAAUAGAAAAAAGGCGUGAAGAGCUCGGCGGAUAUAUGCAUCUCGAGCUAGGCGCCAAUAAAUUUUACCAAGACUUCGUUCUUGGGCUGACAAUUGAAGGGUUGAAAGACACAGCUGGUAGGAUAGCUGGGGCUGUGCAAGCGUUUGCACCGGAGUCAACCCAUGAAGGUAUGAAAGCUCUAGUGCAAAAAAAACCUUAUGGAGUCGUUCUGGGAAUUGCACCUUGGAAUUCUCCUUUUCAUCUUGGACUUCGAUCUGUUCUUUUUGCCUUGGCUGCUGGAAACACUACUGUUCUUAAAGGCUCUGAGUUUACGCCCCGUUGUUAUUGGGCGAUCGCCGAUGUCUUGCGAGAGGCCGGCUUGCCAGACGGGUGCCUGAACUUGAUAUUUCAUUCACCUACCGAGGCGGCUAGUACUAUAAAUACCCUGGUUUCGCACCCGCAUGUUAAGAAGAUUAAUUUUACAGGCAGUACCAGGGUUGGGAGAAUUAUAUCCUCUCUCGCAGGGAAACAUCUGAAGCCUGUGCUUAUGGAACUUGGCGGAAAGGCGAGUGCGGUUGUACUCAAAGACGCCGAUCUAGACCAAGCUGCUCUUCAUUGCGCCCGGGGAGCAUUCCUCAAUGCUGGCCAAAUCUGCAUGUCCACGGAGCGUAUCCUGGUUGACGAAUCUAUCUCAUCUGAGUUCCAGGAACGUCUUGGUGAAGCAAUCAGAAAGCUUUUCGGUGCCGCGGAUGACACACCUGCCGUCGUGACUGCAGCCUCAGCCACUCGUAACCGGGGCCUCAUUCAAGACGCUAUAUCCAAAGGCGCACAACCACUGAAGAUCUUUGAGGAUAAGCAUGCUUAUGAGACAGAUACAAAAAUGAGACCUGUGGUCCUUGGCAAUAUCAACAAGGACAUGGACCUAUACGCAUCAGAGUCGUUCGGCCCCAGUGUGUCUCUCUUCACUUUCAAGACAGAAAAGGAAGCCUUAGAAUUAGCGAAUGACACGGAAUACGGCUUAGCGGCUGCCAUUUUCUCGAAGGACUUGAGGGUGGCAUUCCGGCUGGCCGAUGGCUUGGAGUCAGGGGCCGUACACAUUAAUUCUAUGACGGUGCAUGAUGAAUACUCUCUCCCUCACGGAGGUGUGAAGGAUAGUGGAUUUGGUCGUUUUAACGGUUACCAGGGGUUGGACGAGUUUCUUUACUUCAAGUCGGUUACUUGGAUGGAUUGA